GGAUGAGCGCCGCAGCGUCCGAAUCUUCCCCCGUUUUUAAGUCAUCGCACAAGGUAAGCUCGGAGGCGGCAGAGAGAGAGAUGACCAGCUGCGAGCGAUGAGCCGCAUCAAGCGUCGUUUGUAUGGCUGAUCUGCCAGAUGUUUGACGUCGGUUCGCUUCCCGGUGACGCACUCUGGGCGUUGGCUGACCAGAUGACCGUCGGCGAGUUGGUUCGUGUGCGCCGACUCAACAAAGCCGUCCGCGCCGGUCUGCGGCUCACGUACAUGCUGCAGCGACUCGAGCACUUCAACGCCACUCACAGCGCCCGCAACUUGGUCACCUUCAAGCCCGAAAUGCCCGGUAGGCAGGAUGCAGGCCAGCGACACAACACAUCCGUCAUUUCCUUCUUGUACUUGCACGGUCUUCAGGCACCCUUCGUUCCGCUGACGAGCGUUUCGAACCAGAACAUCGCCCCGCCGGUCCUCAGCCCAGCCCCCUCGGCCCCUUCCCCGUCGCUGAGGACCCCAAUUCUCAACCAAGGUCGGUCACCACACACAGGCAGCUACUCGCCCGCCAUCCACCGCUCACUGUGUGUUGUCCUGCGUUGUGUUGUGUUGUUCAGCGUAAGGUUCGUCGUGUGUUGGCCACGUUGUGGGUGGGGGAGGAGGGCGGCGACUGGGAGGCCUGGCGACCCGUCAUGACCCGCGUGGCUGCAGACCCCCAAGGCGGCGUCAGUCUGCCGGUGGUGGUGGCGGUCAAGGCGGGUGAGGGCCGUGGCAAGUGGCACCCAAGCACAAGCGUCAAGGCAUACAAGGUGGGUGGGGGUGGGGGGGUAGGGGACACAAGCGCCCUGCGUCAUCGCUUUCGCUCUCUCCCUCUCUCUGUGCGUGUGUGUGUGCGUGUGUGUGUGCGUGUGUGUGUGCGUGUGUGUGUGCGUGUGUGUGUUCAGAGUCACCCGGCGACAUUUGCCCAGCUGACGUAUCUGCACCACCACAUCAACUGCACGUUCCUGAUGCCUCGAGCGGGUACCACAUCACGAGUGUACCGCCUCGAGCUGCGCAACAACCGACGCGCCACAUGGAAGGUCCGAUGCGCACAGCGGGGCGACACAUCCAACGUAAGGAUGCAGACAGAUGAGCGCGAACGGUCUCUCCCAUCAAUGCCUGUGUGCCUGUGCAGAACCCCCGCAUCGUGGCCCGCCGUCGUGUGGGUACGUCGGUGACUGAGUUGGCCAGACCCUUCCUGAGUUUCUUCGAGUACGAGUACUUCACUCCCACACCGCUGCCGGCGGUGGGGGGCUGGGCGCCGGCCUCGCCAUGCAGCCCAUCCCCGGCGGCUGGCUGGGCCUCCUCGGCCAGCAGCAGCCCAACGUCAAUGCCAAUCCCAAUCCCAAUCCCGCCCCUGCCCCCGCCCCUCACCCUCCCCCUCCCCCACCCCAAGACACACAUGACACACACGACAACCAAGAUGACGAGCCGGCUGCCCAGGCCAGCGACGAGCCACAGUCAGGAGGAGAUACCGAGGAGCAGGAGGGGCCGGUGGGUGGUGUUGAUGAGGGAGGCGAUAGCGACAUGGGCGUGUGUGUGGAGGAGAAGGGUUCGGACAGUGGUGAGUGUGCUGACGACGGGGGCGAGGAUUACAGUGUGGACGGCGAAGAUGAUGCUGUCGGUAUGGACGGCGAGGCUGACGAGGGUGGUGGUGGUCUCGAUGACGACGGUAACGGUCUCGACAUGAAUUCCGAUAACGACGACGAUGAGGUCAGCAGGCAGAGAGGAGAAUCUGCCGCUUUUUGCACAUACGGACACCUGUUUGUAUUGCCAGCAGGAUGAAGAGGGUGGGGGCAUUCCGUACUUCUCUGAUUGGGACUCGCCGAUCUCAUCUUGGGGCAGCCAGGGCACUGUUUUCAGGUCAGCAAACAUACACGCGGACCUUCUCAUGUGUGUGAUGUGGGUGCCUGUGUCGUCUGUGUUGUUUCGUCGAUAUCAGUGGCGACACCCGACACGAGUACGAAAUGACUUUUGACGACUAUGACCGACAUGACGACAGCAGCGAAGAUGAGGAGGGGGGCGACCAGCGGCGGGAGGAGAGGUAUCGGUCGCAGGAGGGACACGGCGAAUUCUUCAUGUGGUGGAGGCCCGUACGCCGCAGAGGCCCCUAGUGAGCGCAGGGGGGUGGCAGUGUUGUGCAUGACAUGUGUUGGGAUGUUGUGGUGCUAUUUUUAGUGGCGGCCGCUUCAGUGAUAUGAGCGAGCUGGAUGGGAUGAAGGACAAGAUGGACGAUGAGAUGAGUGAGAUGGCUGCGCCCAGGUACACAAAUCUAUGCGUGUCUGCACCCCAUUUCUGGUUUGCACACUUUCCCCAGUGUGGUUUUUGGUUUGCAGUGCGGCACCUGCUGCUGCUGCUGCUGCUGCUGCCGUGGUUGCCUCUCCCACGACGCGUUUCCAGCAGACAGCCACAGAGAUGCUGGCACGUGCUCCGCCGCGGCGCACCCACGACAGUGGUCGUGUGCAGUGGGGAGGGGUGCCGGCAGCUGCCGACAACCAUACCAACAGCAACGAUGACAGCACCGAUCAGACGCAGCAAGGCCAGAUGGCGAACAGGGCACACACAAUCUGAGAAUGAUCGCAGACAGACACAACGCGACGGAUAAAUGCACCUCGAAAGAGACUGACUGACAGACGGAGGGACGGAUGCUUCAUCUUCGUAUGUGAAAGACCCCAGUGUGUGUACGUGCACUCCACGUGUGAGUAAAUAUCAAUGUGUG